AAAAACACAACAGUCUUCCCACUAGUCUCCCCCUUCCAAAAUCAAAUCUUUCGAUUCAUCGAUAAAGAAAGGCUCCACCUUUAUUAAUAAUAAAAUGGAAGAAGAGAGCCGAAUCGGAGACGAGCUCUCACACUCCCUCAUAACCGCCGAGCGCCUCCGCGUCUCCGUCGACGAAGCCAAGUCCUUCAAAACAGAGUGCGGCGAGGUCGGCAAACAAGCCGAUCGCCUCGCUCAGAUGCUAAGGACCAUCGUCCGCCUCGUCUCCUCCUCUCAACAAGUCUACGAACGCCCGAUUCGUCGAGUCAUCGUCGACGUGAGGAAGAAUCUCGACAGGGCUCUGUCUCUCGUCCGCAAGUGCCGUCGCCACAACCUCCUCCGACGUGUCUGCACGAUCAUAAACGCCGCGGAUUUCCGUAAAGUCUUGACCUUUUUGGAGUCUUCUAACGGCGACGUUAAGUGGUUGCUGAGUGUUUUCGACGGUGGUGACGGUGACGGAGGUGGGAUUGUUAUCUCGCUUCCUCCUAUUGCUACUAAUGAUCCGAUACUCCCUUGGGUUUGGUCUCUCGUUGGGGCUGUGCAGAUGGGGAAGGUUGUGGAUAAGAUCGAUGCCGCGAAUCAGCUUGGCUCUCUUGCGGGAGAUAACGAUAGGAAUAAGAAGAUUAUUGUUGAUGAAGGAGGUGUGGCUCCUUUGUUGAGGUUGCUUAAGGAUGGUGGUUCGUCGACGGAAGGGCAAGUCUCUGCUGCUACGGUGUUAACUUUUUUAGCUUGUGAUGAGGAUAAGGUUAGGUGUAUAGUUAAUGAGCUUGGUGUGGCGGUUAUAGUUCAAGUUCUUGGUGAUUCUCCCGUUAGGGUUCAGAUUAAGGUAGCUACAUUGGUGGCGAGGAUGGCUGAGUUCGAUGCUGUGGCGCAAGAGGAGUUCGCUAGACAGAGUGUGAUUAAGCCUCUGGUGACGUUGCUUUCGCUUGAUGUCUUUGUGGAUGAUCUUGAACCUAGUGGUGGUAAUAAGCAUAGUAGUAUUCACUCUCUUGUUCAGAUGAAUAGAGAAGUUUACAAGCCUUAUAAGAGUUUGAAGUCUAAUGUGUAUAGUGAGAUUGGUGGUGGGAGUGGGAGUGGGAGUAGUAGGACAGGGAAUUUGAAGAAGGAGAGGGAUAAUGAGAGUCCUGAAGUGAAACAUGAGCUUAAGGUUAACUGCGCGGAGGCUUUGUGGAUGCUUGCUAGAGGGAAUGUAGCGAAUAGUAGGAGGAUAACGGAGACGAAAGGGUUGCUUACUUUGGCUAAGAUUGUUGAGAAAGAAGUUGGAGAGUUGCAGUAUAAUUGUUUAAUGACUUUGAUGGAGAUAACCUCUGCUGCUGAGUCUAAUGCUGACCUUAGAAGAGCUGCUUUCAAGACUAAUUCACCUGCUGCUAAAGCUGUUAUAGACCAGAUGUUAUGGAUAAUCAAAGAAAUCGAUAGCCCGGUUUUGAAAAUACCGGCGAUUCAGUCUAUAGGGUCGUUAGCCAGGACGUUUCCGGCGAGAGAGACGAGAAUGAUACAGCCCUUGGUGGAGAAGUUAGGUAGUAGCAACCAAGAAGUGGCGAUAACAGCUGUGAUUUCAUUACAGAAGUUUGUGUGUCCUGAGAAUUUCUUAUGCGCAGAGCAUUCAAAGAACAUAAUAGAGUAUGGGGCGGUGCCGUUGCUGAUGAAGAUGAUAAGGAACUUUGAGCAGCAAGUGCAGUUACAAUGUCUUGUUCUGCUGUGUUACCUUUCGAUGAAUGCUAGUAACCAUGAGCAGUUGGAACAGGCUAAGGUUUUGACUGUGUUGGAAGGGGCAGAACGGUUGGCGAGUCUGCAGAAUCCGGAGUUGAGAGAGCUUGUUUCGAAGGCGAUUUAUCAGCUAAGUUUGUACAAUGCAGGAAGUCAUAGUCAGAUGUUGUCUUAUGCUGGUCCUUGAAAGUGAACAAGGGUUACAGUUUGUUUGGGUUGUGGUACAGAAAGAAACUUCAUUGUUAGAUUAUAUUACAGGGAAAGAGCAAAAGCAAAAAGGAAUCUCUGGUUUUGUGAUCAUUUGAAUGAUCAAUCCUGCAUUGUAAGUAAAAUGACAACACACAUAUUUAAAAGGUAAUAAAACUAGCUUUGCUCUGUGUGAUUUCAAAUUUUCUGGUGUUUUCAGCUAUAAUUUAGAUUUAAAUGAAUUAGCUAAAGUAGGAAGUAGUGGUGUAGUGAGCAUCUCCAACCUUCUUUUUGUUAUUUCAGAAAAAAUAUUGUAAUCACAUUCCAUUCUUUUUAGUUC